UUUCUGAGUCUUUUUCUCCCGACGCCCCUGUUUCCUCUCCUCCUUCUCCCCCGACGGCUUCUCCUUCUCCCCCGAUUCGACUCUCCCUCUCCCCAGCGGAAUCAGGCGCAUCGAUGAGGGAGUGCAUCGAUGAACCCUAAUCCGACGUCUGGCGCAUCGACUUCUUCUCCUGUGUUUCGUUGUUCUUCCUCCGCCCCCGUGGUGGAUUCGUCUGCACAAGAAGGAGGUGGGGUUGCGCAAGUUGUUGAUCUAGAAGGGGAGGAACCAACUGAAUAUCCUCCUCAAGGUCUCCGCAAUGACUCAGACCAAGAAGGAGGUGGGGUUGCCCAAGUUGAUGAACCAGAAGGUGAGGAACCAACUGAAUAUCCGCCACGAGGUCUCCGCAAUGACUCAGCUCGGGUAUUCCCUCGGAAGUUAUGCAAGUCUACUUACAUUACCAAACUGUCUUUCAAGCGUUGGGAAAAAACUGUGAAGCAGUUUAGUGACAUUUAGUUAGGCCAUGCGAGAAAGUACAAAAUGGAAGCUCUGCUUCAUAUGCCAAAGAAACUUAAAAUCCCCAUGAAUCUGCUUGAAUGGAUAGAUCAGCACAUGUUUGGAACUAAAGAGCCCUGUUUCAAGCAUAAGAAUAAAGUUAUCAAGAUUACUAAAGAUAUGGUCGACAAAAUUUUCGAUUUCCCUGGUGGCACCGAGCCUUUUGUAUUCAGUAGUGACGAUCCCCAAGUGAAAGCAGAGGUUACAGAGUUAAGGAACAAGUAUAUUGAUCAUCGGAACAAAAUGCCAAUUAAUAAAAUAGAGGAGGUGAUGCUUAGUGACGAGACAGAAGAUGGUUUUAUUAGGAGCUUCACAUUUUAUUUCCUAUCAUCUAUUUUGUGCCCUGCGUCAUACUGCUUUGGCAACACCAAGUUCUUGUACUCUCUGAGAGAUGUUUCUGCUAUUCCUUCACUCGACUUUGGGCAAUUGGCACUGGAUUUCACGCGUGAGGAGUCAGAGCGUCACUUUGAAAUGAUCAUGAAUAGACCAAGUGUUGAGGAAAUGAACAAGUCUUCAUAUAUUGGGGGAUGUCUUCCUAUUUGGGGAAUCAUUUAUCUGGAUUUUGUUGAUUUCGAUGUUAUUGAUAAUCAUCAGUCCACUGUGGAUUAUUCUCUUCCACGGAUAUGUCAUGUUAAGACUGAAGAUUUCAAGUAUCUUGCAUUGGUUGAUAGGAAUUAUGAGUCUAGGAAAAAUUACGGUGUUUUACCACUGCGAGACAUAUCACACACCCCAUAUGCCAAUGUCGGGCCUGUUAACAAUGCUCCUGAUGCUGCUGGUGUGAUUAACUCAAUUCCUUAUGUGGAGGUCAAAAAUGCAAAUAGUGUUCCUGAAGCUCUACAUGAGAACACGUCAAUUGAUUCAAAAAGUCCUCAUAUCAUUUCAGAAAUUCCCAGUUCCACUGCACAAGUUGAAGCAGAUUUAAAACCGAAACCAGAGCCACAUUUGAAAUCAGAGGUUCCCUUCAGUGAUGUCCUUAAGCCGGAGCCAAUCGGACCAAAAUUUGAGAACAUUUCUGUCCUGUAUUCGGUGUACAAAACACCAAUUUUCCCAGCUCAUGCUUCAAAUGUGAACACCAACUCUGUCCACCAAGCAACUACUUCACAACCUAAGGAAGAAGUUUUUCUAUCAGCUGAAGCAGAUGAUAUCUAAUUUUCCAGUGAAGUUAAUGCAAAAAGAAGUUUUAUACUCAUUAGUUCUGCCUCUAGAAAUGAAAGAGUCAAGCGCUUUCAAGGAACUCCAAUCCUUAUUGAUGAUGAUUCUCCUACCACUCCUGCUGCUGCGACUAACGAAGAGAUACCAGCCUCUCACUGUGAUACAAGUGAAGGAAUUCCAAUGAACAUGGAGUUUUCUAUCCAACUAGGCUAUUCUUCAUUGAAUAAUGCAGAAGUUGGACCAAGUACAGGACCUAAUACAAUUGAAAAGAAGAACAGGAAAAAAAGAGCAGCUAAACUUCAAUCUCCUGAUCCACCAAAGAAACUCAAAAUAUCUCGAGAAGUGGACAUCUUCUUUUCCAAAUAUUUGAGGAAGCCUAUCUUUCAAGAAUACACUCUUUUUGUUGACAUUGAGGUUUCCCUGUAAGCUAUGAGAAUUACUUUAAUUCAUUUAAAGCGAGGGGUGAGAUUGGAGAUGAAGUGAUGAAUUCUUUUAUUCAAGUUCUUAACUAUGAAUCAAAGAUGUCAUCUGAAGUAAAGCCUUAUCUCAAGAAAUACUGUUUCACUUCAUACUUUACUAAUAAAUUGUUGGUUCGUCCUGAGUCAUUUGAUACAAUUACGUGCAUACGAGAAUUUGACAGAAUUAAUUCAGAAGAAAGCAUCUGGAAACAAGACUUGUUAUACUUCCCUACUAUAAAAUCAAAUCACUGGGUUAUACUUUCCAUCAACUCUCUGUUUGAGAAAUCUCACUUUUUUGAUCCAUGUGGUACUAUUCUGGAUACUACCCAAGAAGAACUUGUCUACAACUUGCUCUCCAACUACAACAUGCUUUGCAAGUUGAGUAAAAAGCCAUUCAAGAACAUAUUCUCUUUCAAGCUUCAACCAGUAGGACCUUACCCAACAAACUGUCUCAUGCAUGACUCAGGCCACUAUCUGCCUUUAUACAUGGAAAACUUUGAAGGCAAAGCUAUGAAGAGUUUCAAUGAGGGCAACAUUCCGAAGUACAGAAUGAUUUCUGCAUUCAAGUUCUUCAAAAGCACUUUGAACAAGCUGAAAGAAGGAGAUCUGCCAAUACCAAAUUGGCUUUUCCGCAAGAUGCAUAUGCAAACAGUUUUCAAUGUGUAACUAAUCGGAACAAAGCAUGUAUUUUCAUGUCUGCAACAAUUUCAUCUGUAAUCAUAUGGUAGUAGAUUCACGGUACUAGAUGUUUAAACUUUUGUUACCACGAGCUACAUAGUGUCUCUGUUGGAAAUCUUCUUUUUCUGGAUAUCUACUUUUCUUCAUGAACUACAUAGUUUUUGUGUUGCAAUCAUUGUCCAUACUAAGUGUAUCUUUUGUGUUGCUAAAUACGAAACUAUAUCUUCGUGCACUA